AAACUUCAGGCCAACUAAUUCCAAUUCCCGACGAAAGCUGAAAAAACGCAGAAUGCAGGAACUGUGAAAGCUCUUCCAAAACCCCUCCUCUUCCCAAAUCAUUCCUCGUUCACCUUUUUUUCUCUCGAUUCUGAAACAAGAGAUUCAAUCAGAGUCGGAAAUGGCGUACCAGUUGGAGAACUUGGUGGAAUCGAUCAAAUCGAAGGUGAGGGCCUUGAAUCCGAAGAAGAAGAAGAAGCCGUACAUAAAAAUGGACAAAAGCUCGAGCGUAAAGGUGGAGAUCCGGAGCCGGAAGGCCAGAAUGCUUAUCGAUAAGACCUUGAAGGUUGCCGAUCAUCCUGGCAAGCGUAGUAUCUCCUGACCGCUGUUCAGAUCAUGUCCGAUGACUUGUCGGCUUCUGUAACUCUUCUCCUCUUCUACCUCUUUUUCUUUUUUCUAAUGUUAUUGUAGAUAAAAUGCUCAAACUAGAGCAUUGUUAUCGUUUAUGGUGCCGUUACCGAUUCUGUGUUUAGCUUAACGGAACCGUUUCGGAUCGGUUGAAUAUAAAGAUAUUUUAUGCUUAAUCAACAUCUUGUUUGGCUUGCGUUAAAGGAGUGGUUCAAUUUCGUUCUUAAGUUUGAAUAAUUAACAUCUUAAGUU